AUGAGCAACUACAACAGAGGAUACGAUGACAAUCGUCGCGAUGGUGGUGGCGGAGAUCGCCGUGGUGGUUAUGAUAACCAAAGAGGCAAUGACGACUACAGAGACGGAGGCUACCAGGAUAAUCGUGGUGGCAAUCGUGACUACAGAGGAAACGACCGUGGCGGAUACGAGAACAGAGAUGGUGGCUACCAGGACAAUCGUGACGGCAAUCGUGACUACAGAGGAAACGACCGUGGCGGAUACGAGAACAGAGAUGGUGGCUACCAGGACAAUCGUGACGGCAAUCGUGACUACAGAGGAAACGACCGUGGCGGAUACGAGAACAGAGAUGGUGGCUACCAGGACAAUCGUGACGGCAAUCGUGACUACAGAGGAAACGACCGUGGCGGCUACGACCAUAGAGAUGGAGGCUACCAAGGAAACCGUGAUAACUACAGAGGUGGAAAUGAUAACAGAGACGGCGGCUACCGUGGCGGCAACGACAACUACAGAGGCAACGACAACUACAGAGGCAACGACGAUCGCCGAGGAUACCAAGACCGUGGCAACCAGGGAGGCUACCAAGACCGUGGAGGCUAUCAGGACAGAGGAGGUCGAGACCAUGGAGACAAUCUCAACCAACAAAUGGGUCGGAUGGGUCUCGGCGGAGGGAGAGGUGACGGUGGCAACAUAUAUGCUCAACAGCGCGAUGGUCCACGUCCGCAACGCUCCGCAGCUGGAAUGGCCAACCCAGGAGAUCUGGCUGGCUCGGCCGAUCAUCCCAACAUGCCGGUAGCCAAGAAGGAUCUCGCUCACAACUCACAGACAUUUGCCAAGCGUCCCGACACAUCUGCCUACGACAAUCCACGAUGCGGAACCAAAAUCGAGCUGCUUACUAACCACAGUCUGGUUCACUUGCCACACGAACCAAUAAAGCUGUUUGAGUACAACAUCGACGUGUUCAAAGGACGAAAGAAGCUCGAGAAACGCGAGGAAGCGGGUCCGAUGUUCCGCGAGAUUGCGAGUACAUCGGAGAGAAAGGACUUAGCAUCAUUCACCGAAUAUGUGUACAACGACGUCAACUUGCUAUGGUCAAUGAAGUCUCUCCCACGUUCUGAGGGACCAGUCAGCGGGAAGAACGGCUACAUCUACUACAAGUUCACUCGUGUCGUUGAGCUGGGAUCCGAGGUCAGGAAUCAGGAUAGUCAGCUGCUGUCAACACUGGUUGAUGCCAUCGCCACUGCUAGAGUUAGAUGGCCAAAAAGGACUGGAAACCAGUUCAGUGUCUUCAAGCGCUCCAUCUUUUUGCUCCAAAACCGCGUGGACGACGGAGCUUUUGGCGAUGCACCGAUCUUCGUUAAGCUUCGCAAUGGAGUCGACGCGCGUAUUGGAGUCUCCAUGGGCAUCAAGCUGAACCUUCGUGUCGGAAUCACUGCUUGUUUUGAUGUGUCCCACACACUCUUCACCCGUCCCGGCUACCCGCUGGUCCGUCUGUUCUGGGAGCUCAUCCACGGCGACACCCUCACCGAUGAGGAAAUCGUCGAGGGCAACUGGGAUGCCGACAUGAAGUUGGCUCGGCCCACAGGCCAAAACAUCAAACUAAUGAGCGACGUCCUCAAAGACAUGAGAAUAAUGUUCACGAACAAAGACGGUUUGAAGUUCGACGAGAAGGGUAAUUAUGAGGAGAGAGAUUUGAAAAGGCUGAAAGAAAAGAAGCCGACGAAGGGAAACACCAAAAAGACUUUGUACCCAUUGGAAGUUUGUAGUUUGCUGAUUGACCCCGUGAGAUAUACGGGUCUUAUUACCGAGAAGCUCAAGGGCAAUAUGAUUCAAUACACCACGUUGAAAGCUGAGCAACGGAAGCUGGUCCUUCAGAACAUCAUUGGACAGAAGGCAAUUGGCGAUUGCCCACCCAUCGUGGAUAACAAUGAUCGAUACAUGACGGGCCAUGGCAUUACCAUCGACAAAGAGAUGCUAACCGUCAAAGCUUGUCUCUUGCCACCUCCAAAAGUUGUAUAUGGCAACUCCGAGUUCCUAGAUUCGGAACAUCUUGGAGAGUGGGAAGCUGUCACCCAUGAUCCAGUGAGAACAGUCCUCGAUGACGCCAUAUACGUGAGAAGCAGAGUUCCGGGUGCUCCGAAGCUGAAGAAAAGGAUUCUGGGAUGUAUUCUCAAAAUUGGAAGCCCGAUGAAUUCCUCAGUUGACUUCGGCAUCGACGAUAUGUGUUAUCACAAUCUGAUGAAAGCGAUCGAGGCAGCAGGGCAACCAGUUUGUUGGGCCAACAGGGACAUGGGACAAGCUGUGAUCCACGCGAGCGAGGAGUACUUGCAAGGACGGGAUCUGCCAGGUGUCAAGUUGGAUUGGAUGAGAAACCUCAAUAAUGAGAAUUUGGAUUCGUAUAAGCAGUCGGAGGAUGAGGUCAUCGUGCCAUUGGUCCUGAUGAUCUUCCAAGUGAGAUUCACUACGUUGAAUUGUGAGAGAUCCGAGUUCCAGAACGACUACAAUCUCUUCAAGUGGAUGGCUGACAAUGAGGUCGGAGUGUUCACUCAAGGUCUCCUGUACAAGACCUUCAACUCCAUUGGGAACACUCCAGCCUCAUGCAGGUUCACGAGGCUCAUUGUGGAGAAGAUCCUCGGAAAGAUCGGCACAACCCAUCGUCGCCUGGAGCGCGAUGGAGAUCACAAGUCAUGGAAAAAACUUGUGAAUCCUGCGGAGCCAACCCUCUUUCUUGGAGUCGACGUGUCGCAUCCAAGUGCUCGCGACCUGAAAGGAGACGAUCCGGUAAAACGCCUUUCUGUGGCCACAGUCGUCGGAAAUAUUGACCUGGACUGUACCGAAUACAGAGCGUCUUCCAAACUCCAGGACGUUGGAGAAGAGAGAAUCGUCCGAUUCCAAGAGGAGAUCCAAAAGAGAAUUGGAGAGUUUGUCCAAUUUAAUGGAAUCUCCCCGGCACACAUCGUCAUCUACCGAGAUGGUCUCUCCGAGGGAGACUUCCAACGAACGCUUUAUGAGGAGAAAACGGCUGUGGAGACCGCCUGCAAGCAAUUUGGUCCAGGAUUCAAAACAACACUCACCUACAUCGUUGUCACCAAACGACACCAUACCAGAUUCUUCCUGAAGGAUGAGGAACAAGGACUCGAGCAGCAAGGAUACAACAUUCGUCCGGGAACCCUCGUGGAGGAUACUGUCACCACCAACGACUACUACGAUUUCUUCCUAACCACUCAAGUCGGUCAGGUUGGUCUGGCGCGGCCGACCCACUACUACGUCCUCUUGAACGAUUGGGAUGUGCCAGCAACGUUCUGGCCUACCGUAACCCACGCUCUGACGUAUUUGUUCUGCCGCACCACCAGCACUGUCACUCUGCCAGCACCAGUGCUCUACGCGCAUUUGGCAGCGAAAAGAGCCAAGGAGACUAUGGAUGGAGCUCUCUUUGCGAAUCGAGGAGUUGGUCGAGUUUUCGACCUUUCCCAAUUCAGCGAACUUGCUCAACUGACAAAUUGUCUUCAGUCAAAUCCGUCACUGGAUGGGAUGACGUUCGUCUAA